ACACUUAUAGAUGUGUAGUGUAGAGUGUAGACACUGUAGGGGAGAAAGAAGAGAGAGCGAUGAGAUGAGAGGUGUCGGAGGACCACUUCUUUGCAUAGGCGAUCUCCUAAACGACGUCGGAGAAUCAAAUCCUGACACUUCCAAACCCGAUCUCCAUCCUUACCAUUCUUCUUCCAUCUCACCGCAUCCCGUUGAUCUCACCACACUCUUCGAGGAAAAUUACAAGGAUCUGAUUGACGCACUUGCUGGGUCAGAUCAUUCAUGGACCGGCCUAACUUUAAAGUUGUGCACUGGUCUGGAGACUGCAAACAAGUUGGUCCAGUCCACUAACUCAAACGUUAUAUCUCUAUCGGAGAAGGUUGGGGAGCUUGAGGAAGUUUUCAAGAAGGGGGAUUCUGCUGUGGCGGCGAUCAGGGGUGUUAUUUCUUCUUUAAGCGAAAAUCAAGGAGGAAACCCUUUUGGAACUCGAACAUUGAAAUGAUCCCUCCUUGUUUUGGUCUUGGAACAAGGAUAAGGAAGUGAAGGAUGAAGGAGAAGGACUAACGGGUCAAACUAGAGAAAGAGACCACCUAUUUUUUUCUUCACAAAACCACCAAAUGGCACCCAUUGAUUGCGCUAGCCACAAGCAAAGCCCACCAUUUGAUGAAUCUUGGGUUGGAGUUUUACAACAAGAAUAAUAUUGGCAAGCUACACUCGUCGAUUGAAAGAGAUAGAUAUUGUAGUGAGCUUUGGACACUUCAUUCACAGUCGAAGUUGAUAUGAUAAUAAUAAUUUUACUAUGGAAAUCUAGUCACACUAACAUUCUUUUC